CUCUGAGCAGAGGCGGCGGAUGGAGCGGAGCUGAUGAAUGAGAUGAGGGGCUAACAGAGGGCAGACGGGCUGAUGAUGAGAGAGGAUGAACCAGCAGCUGAAGGAGCAUCAGUCCUAUUCUCCCACCAUCUCAGAUCCAGUUUACGCGAAACAACGCAAACAAAAUAAGACGGAGAAAUCUGCUCGUUUGUGAAUGAAGGAAAAUUUUGUGGCGAACAUCGACGUCGGUGAAGGUGUUUUGAUUUUUUUUUCCUCUUGGAGGAGGGCAGGACGUGAUGAUAAAACCCGGAGUGUACUCCAAGGGCUUUUUUGUGUUCUCUCCAAAAGCAGCGGAGAUGAAGCCCCGUCUGGAAAGAAGAUGUCUGUCACCACAGAGCGGCGUUAAAUGUCUCACUUGCGGCGGUAAAACUCUUUAAUAUUUCUCCGAUUUGAGGAUUUUAAUGGCACAGAGGACUUCAAUCAAGAGCCAGCGACUUAAAGAGGGAUUUAUGAGUGUCGGAAUUGAGGGGUGAAUGUUAAUUUUUUUAUCCCAACGCCUGCCAUCCCUAUUCAGAUUAUACACCAGCCAACGGAGCAUUUAUAGUCAGCUAACGUCACAUUUAGAGACUAUAGGCAGUUUUAUUUGCUAAAACACGUUAACAUUUUUUCCCCUUCGAUAAUUUCACUCUGAAUUUAAAAGCGCAACACGAUCCCUUCGAGUCUAAUGUGGUUAUAAAUCACACCAUCCGUCUGCUGUCAGUUUUUUCUCCUUCUUUUUUUUUUAAUAGCCCGAGUUGAGCUCCAUAAUCCUGCAUUACUGUGGAGUUUGGUUGUGGGGUUUUUUAGCUAACGGCGGCGGCUACUAGAGCCAGAGCGGCGCGCGCGCGUGUUGUCAAUCAUCAUGCGUGCACCGACACGUUCGCACGGAUGAAACCACCACCUUAGCCAAAAAUAUGAUGCACCCAGAGGGCACAACAACACGCCGAGCCAUGUCGGACUGAGAACAGUGAGAGUGGGGCUUCGCCGGGCUGUGAGCUCACACAAACAAGCAGAGAGCGGCUUUCAAUUGAGAGGGAGAGCGGAUAAAAAACAAAACAAAAACAAAGCUGCAGCUAGCCUGUCCGCACAGCUCUCAGGAGACCGCUGAGAGGAUCAUUUUCGACUCAACUUAGAGACCAGAAUCCAGCUAUAAUGGGAGAGCAGCCCAUCUUCAGUACGCGGGCCCACGUCUUCCAGAUAGACCCGAACACCAAGAAGAACUGGGUUCCCACGAGUAAACAUGCCGUCACAGUGUCGUACUUCUUCGAUAGCACCAGGAAUGUAUAUCGAAUCAUCAGUCUGGAUGGAUCCAAGGCCAUUAUAAACAGCACCAUCACCCCCAACAUGACGUUCACCAAGACAUCGCAAAAGUUUGGCCAGUGGGCGGACAGCCGAGCCAACACUGUCUACGGCCUCGGCUUCUCAUCAGAGAGCCACCUGGUUAAGUUUGCAGAGAAGUUUGCAGAGUUCAAGGAGGCGGCACGGUUAGCCAAGGAGAAGUCUCAGGAGAAGAUGGAGCUCACCAGCACGCCCUCUCAGGGUGGCACCGUAAAAAGGAAUGUGUUGUCAGUCAACAAACCUGUUAUAAAGAAGGAGUCAGCCCCAGGUGAUCUGCAGUCACCUUUGACCUCAGAGAGCAUCAACGGUACAGACAAUGACAGAGUUACACCAGAUACACCUCAGCACCCCGAAGCCAGAGCAGAGCCUUCCCAGAAUGCACUGCCCUUCUCACACAGUUCAUCCAGCAUUAAUAAGCACUGGGAGGCAGAGCUUGCGGCGCUGAAGGGGAACAAUGCCAAACUGACGGCGGCUCUUCUUGAAUCUACAGCCAAUGUCAAACAGUGGAAGCAGCAGCUGGCAGCCUAUCAGGAAGAAGCUGAGAGGCUACACAAACGGGUGACGGAGCUGGAGUGCGUGAGCGGCCAAACGACGGGGAUUAAAUCUCAAAAGACUGAACUCAACCGAACAAUAGAAGAGUUGGAGUUGGCUUUGAAGGCUAAAGAGGAGGAGUUGGAGAGACUUAAAGCAGAGGUGGAGAGUGCCAAUGAGUUUAGGUCCCAAAGAGAUUCCCUCAUACAGAGGCUACAGGAGACGGAGGUGAGAAACCAGACGCUGGAGGCCCAGCUGACUGAUCUGGAGCAGCGUCUGGAGAGCAGCCAGCUGGAGCGGGAAGCCUUUCGCAAAAGCCUGCGCUCCCUGCUGGAGCUGCUGGACAGCAAAAUCUUUGAGCUGAACGAGCUGCGGGACGCACUGGCCAAGCUGCUGGAGGGCAGCUAGACGGAGAGAGACGAAGACUGUGCCACCACCUCCAACCACCUCCACCAACACAGCAGCCAGCGCCGAGACUUUUACCGCAUGUCGGCACUCACCUGCUCACUGACAACUUGAAUUCUCUUUUUUUUGUUUUUUUCCUCCCACACGCGUGUAAAGGUUUACACACGACUUUAUACUUUAACACACAUCCACGCUCAGAUCGUUUACAAACCACCAUGUGAAGCCUUCCCCUCCGCUCCACUCUGGACAAAUCCACAGAAGCUUUCCUCGCUCUACGGAAACAUUAAAGGCGAAAUUCGCUUUUUUCUUUUAAACGUUGCUUUGGUGCGUUCAAAUGCAGUCACUCAGAGUCUGCGAUUGUUCUUGUUUUUUUUUCUCUUUUUUUUCCUCUUUCCGACUUUUUUUCCAGGCACAAAUCUUUAUUAAAACCCACGUCGCCAUCAGCCAAAUAAACUCUGAGAUCCAUUCGGUUAUUUGUUGUGGGGACUCGACACAAAGAGGAUCCAGAGGACGUCGGUAUCUAUCGUGAAAUAUUCUUCUGAAAUAUAUGAGCAAUACAAAAGGGCAGCACCAGAGGGUUUAAAAAAACAUUUUCCACUCUCACUUUCAGGUAAUUUUACUCCUCUUGGAUACGUUU